AGCCCGUGUGUCUCCUGCCUCCUGGCCCAAACCAGCUGGACCAGCUCUCCCAGUGCCCGCCUGCAGUCCCCCCCCCCAACUCCGGACAGCCAAGUCACAGCCUCUAGGGCAACUUUCCGCAAGCGGGUGGUGGGUCCUGAACUCGAAGACCAGAACGUGGGCUUCUGGGCAGAGAUGGCCCUGCAGAGCCAGGUGUGGGCUCCAGCCACACUCAUGCCCAUGGCCGAGAGCUCCCUCUACCGGCAGCGGCUAGAGGUCAUCGCGGUAAGUGAAGAGAUCCGCGCCGCGCGCCGGGAGCUGGAAGAAGAGAAACUCCGCGUGGAGCGGCUCAAGAGGAAGUCCCUCCGGGAACGUUGGCUAAUGGACGGGGUGGCUGAGGAGCCAGAGCGACCCCAAGACCCCACCUCGCAAGACUCCCAGUCACCUGAGGGCCAGGCUCAGGCCCGCAUCCGGAACCUGGAAGACAGCUUGUUCACACUCCAGUCUCAGCUGCAGCUGUUGCAAAGUGCAUCCACAGGUGCCCAGCACAAGCCCUCAGGCAGGCCCACCUGGCGCAGACAGGGUCACCGUCCUCUCUCUGAGCCCACUGUGGAGGCAGGUCCUGCAGGCCAGACUGACCUAAACAAGAGAGCCUCCCUACCAGCUGGACCAGUGGUCACAUACCCAGAGCCCCACUCUGAGCCCAGAGAUGAGGCUGUUGGGGUUCCACCCACCCCGAGGCUGGUCCCUGGGGCAGCAGGGGCUGCCUCAGAAGCCAAUGGCCCCUGCAGUGGAUCCACCCCCACUACAGAGCAGGAGCCGUGUCACGGGGUGACAGCGUCUGAGCAAGGAGUGAAUGAAGCCAAAGGGGGAGGUGUGGUGAAGGUGGUGUGGGAGGGGCUGAGGACCACAGAGGACUGUGCCAUGGGGGCCACAGGCCCAGAGCUGGAGGCUAAGGUGGAGGAGAUGGUGCUGGAGGCCAUCGGGGACAGGCAGGAAGCCGGGCGCCCAGAGCUCCCAGUGUGGGUCAAGGAGGACAGGGGCGACAUGGAGGUGGUCUGGGAAGGGGUGGGAGGCACAGAGGGCAGCGACUCAGAGGCCACUGGGGAGGUGGGCAAGGGCCUGGAGGUUGCACAGACCAGCUCCGCAAGGCUCCAGGGGGGACGUGGAGGGAGCAGCUUCUGCAGGAGGGAAGGUGCCCCCAGGGGAAGCCCUGACGGUAAUGGGCGGGGAGACUUGGGAGGAGAGGAGGGGUCCUUCAUUUGGGUGGAGAGAGUGACUCUCAAUGAGGAGUGGGAGGAGCUGGUGGUGGAGGGGUUGGAAGAGCCAAAAUCACUAGGAAGGGAGGGAGGAAAUGAGAGUCCACUGGGGGCAGAGGGUGGAGGCAAGGAGGAAACGUGGGCGGUAGAGAGGGGGCUGGCAGAGGAAUCUGCUGGGAAGAAGGGAAGCGAGGGAAAGGUGGACACAGAGCCAGAAGGGGCAGAGAUGUCGCUAGCAGAGAAAAGGAAAGGAAGCGAGGAAUCCUUGGAGCCGGAGAGGAGAGAUGAGGAAAAGGUGGAGACGGAGCAGGAAGGAGGCGAGGACCCAUUGUUGGCAGAAAGAAAGGAAGUUGAGGGACCUUUGAGGGCAGAGAGGGAAAGAGGUGAGGAGCUGUUGGGAGUAGGGGAGAAAGGAAGUGAGGAAAAGCUUGAGGCAAUCAAAGAACCUUUGGUGACAGGGAGAAAAGAAAGUGAGGCAUCACUGAAGGCAGAGAGAAUGGGAGGUGAGGAACCAGUAGAGGCAGAGACAAAAGGAGAUGAGGCAUCACUGAAGGCAGAGAGAACGGGAGGUGAGGAACCACUGCAAACAGAGACGACCCAAGGGGUCAAGGAAGAUCUGAGUCCAGAAGAGGAGAGAGAGUCAGGAAGAGGAAAAGAAUGUCAGGCAGAGGGGGUGAGCGAGGCAGGGGCUUCCCUGGGGACCAAGGAGGAACCAAGUCUGGAGGAAGAAGGACAGCAGCCCCAGGAGAAGCAGGAAGUCUCCCUGGAGGAGGAAGCGGAAAAGCCCCAAACCCCUGCUGAGGGCCAGGACCCCUCUGGGGAUGCCACACCCCUCCUGGCAGAGACCCCAGCUCAGGAGCAGCCUGCUGAGUGCCAGCCACUGCUUCAGGUGGAGGGGCCCAGGGCUAACCCCAGUGCCCACGCCGUGCCCACCUAUGCACCUGCCCGGCAGCCAGAGCCAUCUGCCCCUCCUGAGGGCGAAGAGGCGAGGGGCCCUAAGCAGAAGACGUGCCAGUGUUGUGCGGUGAUGUGAGCCUGUGCCCUCCACCCAACUCCCAGCUCCUCUCACAGCUACCUCGGCCUCUUGGCAUCCAGCAGAGGGUCCCAGGCUCAGACAGGGCACCAUGGGAUGGGCCUUGGCACCUGGGAGCCAGCUGGCCCACAUGUCCGCCUCCACCUGGGCUUCCGGACCCCUUGCCUGCUGCCUCUGACCCUGGCUCCCUUCGGUGACAAAGCCUUUAUACUUGAAAAUAAAAUGUUAAGCAUUCAGAUGGUGUGAGCACAUAUGCUGCUGACACAGAACCACCUCACCGUCUCCUGGUGAGAAGUGGAGGGCUUCUGUCUGCUAGAAUCAAAGAUUA